AAUGUAAUAACAAUAUAACAAGCUGUUCGCCCAUGCAGUCUGGGAAGUCUACAUGGUUAUUUCUUAUAAGUAGAAAUCACUGGUUAAGUUUUAAAAUAUGUCUUCCUUAUAGUGAUCCACCAUAUCUGAGACUCUCCAGCCGGCUCGUGUGUAGAUAAAGCCCCCCUCUCCUUGCACAUAUUACUACUGCAUCCCCUAAUGUUUGACAGAAAUAACAAAACUGAGACUACAUUUGCUGUGUCCAUACAGAGAUUUAAUUUGAAUGAUGUGACUACGGUGGGUUUGUUCAUAGCGGGCUUUCUUGAUGCGGUAGAAGGAAUCAAGAAUAUGGCAAGUAGUUGGCAUGGCAACAGGAGUCAGGUGUGCUUGCACGUGUGUGUUCUCUGCGCACACUUUGACAUUCAUGUACACAGACGUUCAAUCAUCAAUUUGCAAUAAGCAGAAGGGUGAACGGAAGGUGUUGGCGCGCGCAUGCGUGCGAGGAUAUUCAUUUGUAGUGCGUAUUUGGUACGAAUUCAGUAUUUCUCAAGAUUUUAUGCACAAACGCAUCAUUUUGACCAGUUGCCUGCGGAGCUGCGGGAAAAACGCAAAUUGCACAAGCUUAAAUCCAGCAAGUGUAAAGCUGGACGGAAGAGGCGCAGAUUGUGCGUAGAUAUGCGCCAAACCCCCUCCAGAUACGAAGGCGUUUAUGUGCGCUCGUGCCCUCGUGAGGGUUUUGCAUGGGGGAGGGGACCCCUGCACAUCAUCUGAGCGUGUGUGGAUGGCGUGGGCUUCUCUCCUCCAAACCGCACAGCAUCAUCACUCGGUUCACAGCAACAGCCUCGUACGCAUCAUCAUCCUCACCCUCCUCCUCAUCCUCCUCAUCACCAUCUCCGGGCUGAAGAGGCUGCACAUCGCAGGAAUAAAGAUUGACUCUCCAACAAGAAAUGCUACUUCUUUUCAGCAGUCACUUUAGACAGAGGCCUAGCAGAUAUAAGAACAGCUUGCUGUUGAUCAACUGAAUCUGGGAGUCAACUCUUGAAAUCUCUGAGCUUUAUCCUGAACAAACAGAAGUCCCGGCACAUUCAGGUGGCCUGUCCACUAAACCUUUGACCACUUUUGCAUCUUUCAGACCUCUUCAAAAUGGAGGACAAUUACCAAAACCGGACUGCAUUCAUAAAAGGUGCCAAAGACAUUGCCAAAGAAGUCAAGAGGCAUGCAUCUAAGAAGGUUGGCCGUACUGUGGAUCGGAUGAACGACGAGUACAGCAAGCGCUCCUACAGCCGUUUCGAAGAGGAUGACGAUGAUGACUACCCCAUGCAGGGAAGUCAGGAUGGAGGAUACUACCGUGGAGACAGCCAAGCAGCCAACGACGACGAGGGUGGCCACAGUGACUCUACAGAGGGUCACGAUGAGGAUGAUGAAAUCUACGAGGGCGAGUACCAAGGGAUUCCCAGGGCUGAUUCAGGCAAAGGCAGCCUGGCUGGAGGUCCAGGCUCGGUGAGGGCCGGCGCUCAGCAAUUCAGAGAUAUCGGAGUGUCUGAGGCCGAGAGGAGGAAGGACCAGGAAGAGCUGGCUCAACAGUACGAGACCAUUUUACAAGAAUGUGGUCAUGGAAAAUUCCAGUGGACCCUGUACUUUGUGCUGGGGCUGGCUCUCAUGGCAGAUGGUGUGGAGAUCUUCGUGGUUGGGUUCGUCCUGCCCAGUGCUGAGAAGGAUAUGUGCCUGUCUGAACCUAACAAAAGCAUGCUAGGUCUGAUCGUAUAUUUUGGCAUGAUGGUUGGGGCUUUCCUCUGGGGGGCUCUGGCUGAUCGGAUAGGCCGUCGGCAGUCUCUUCUCAUCUCCCUCUCCAUCAACAGCAUAUUCUCUUUCUUCUCCUCCUUCGUCCAGGGCUACAGCACCUUUCUGUUUUGCCGGCUCCUCUCAGGUGUUGGGAUUGGUGGUUCAAUUCCUAUUGUGUUUUCCUACUACUCUGAAUUUCUGGCCCAAGAAAAGCGCGGUGAGCACCUCAGUUGGCUCUGCAUGUUCUGGAUGAUUGGGGGAAUAUAUGCAUCUGCCAUGGCCUGGGCUAUAAUCCCACAUUAUGGAUGGAGUUUCCAGAUGGGCUCGGCGUAUCAGUUCCACAGCUGGCGUGUGUUUGUGUUAGUGUGCGCUUUUCCUUGUGUUGCAGCCAUUGCUGCCCUCAGCGCCAUGCCAGAAAGCCCACGCUUUUACUUAGAGAAUGGAAAACAUGACGAAGGCUGGAUGAUUCUGAAGCAGGUUCAUGACACUAAUAUGCGAGCAAAGGGAUACCCAGAGAGGGUGUUUUCUGUCACCACAAUUAAGACAGUAAAGCAGAUAGAUGAGUUGGUGGACACUGGCACUGAUACUCCAGUCUGGCAGCGCUACAGAUUGAAGAUUAUGAGCCUCUCUCAACAGAUACGGAGUAACAUUCUUGCCUGCUUCAGCCCUGAAUAUAAACGGACGACUUUCAUGCUCAUGGCUGUUUGGUUUACCAUGUCUUUCAGCUACUACGGUCUGACGGUGUGGUUCCCAGACAUGAUCAAGUACAUCCAGAAGCAGGAGUAUGAAUCACGCACAAAGACCUUCACAAAGGAACGUGUGGAGCAUGUCACUUUUAACUUCACCCUGGAAAACCAAGUGCAUCGCCAAGGACACUACUUCAAUGACAAGUUCCUCAACCUGAAGAUGAAAUCCAUGGUGUUUGAAGACUCUGUAUUUGAGGAGUGCUACUUUGAGGACAUCACCUCCACACACACUUUCUUCAGGAACUGCACCUUCAUUGCAAGUUUGUUCUAUAACACAGAUUUGUUCAAAUACAGGUUUGUUAACUGCAAACUGAUCAACAGCACGUUUCUCCACAACAAGGAGGGCUGCAUGCUCGACUUCAGCGACGACUUCAACAAUGCCUACAUGAUAUACUUUGUUAACUUCCUUGGCACUUUGGCAGUGUUGCCUGGCAACAUCGUGUCUGCUCUAUUAAUGGACAAAAUUGGGCGUUUAAGGAUGCUGGCGGGAUCCAGUGUCAUAUCUUGUGUCAGCUGCUUCUUCCUGAUGUUCGGCAACAGCGAGUCAGGGAUGAUCGCCCUCUUGUGCCUGUUUGGUGGCAUCAGCAUCGCCUCAUGGAAUGCCCUGGAUGUGAUAACAGUGGAGCUCUAUCCAUCUGAUAAAAGGACGACAGCGUUUGGCUUCCUGAACGCCCUCUGUAAGCUGGCGGCCGUCCUCGGCAUCAGCAUCUUCCAGUCAUUUGUCGGCAUCACGAAGGCGGUCCCCAUCCUGUUUGCUGCUGGCGCACUCGCUGCAGGUAGUUUCCUUGCAACGAAGUUGCCUGAAACACGAGGCCAAGUGUUGCAGUAAAACAAAUGGCCAGCAGUGGGCAGCACAGCACAGCUGGAGUGUGCGUUUGACGACUAGAACCCGAACAUCCCUGAGAGCUCAGCGCUGCCCGUCACACACCCACAGAACAGACUGCCACCCCCAUUGUAAGCCCAGAAUCCUUUGAAAUACGGAUUGCAUCAUUCAAACUCCAUACAGAGCCACAAUGAUUAAGAGAAGAGCACACAGAUGCAGAAAUAAAUACCUGUGUCAUCAUAACAGCUGCACUGUCAGGUACUAAAAACAUCAGAUCUUUUGGGAAGUGGGCCACGCAGUACAAAUCGUGGUGUCAGUAAGGAUAAAAUGUUAAUUUGUGGGAGCUUUCUCUCAAUGGUCCACAGAUCUACAAUAGCUGUUGAGGAGACACAGAUGUCAAAUGAAGAGACAAGACUGAAAAAAAGCCAUUUAUGGAGGGAAGUGAAAAGGUUUAGUCUGUGUACGUGGUCAGUUUUUCAAAUAUGAGUGUUCUCUUUUCUCGUCUGUCCUCGACCUCAGCGACCGGCUUUCAGUGAUGAUUUUUUUUAAAAAAUUUGCUAUGAUGUCACUGGUACAAUUCACUUCACAUUUCCAUUCAGACUGAUGCUUUGUGUUUGAUUAAAAAAAAACUGUUAUCUCUUUGAAAACACCUUACAAAGAAUUUCAGGUUGAAUAUAUAUAAUCCGCCCACGAGCCCCGACCACAGCCUGCUACUGAAGCCUGACUUGCUGAAAGAACGCUUAUUUUCUACCAAAUAAUAUGACAACAUUCCAGCGAGGCUUGGUUUAUUCAGGUACAGGGGAUUAAAUGUUUCCUUGUCCCUGCACAAACCCAGCCUGCCUCUCUGCUAAUAGCCUCAAAACAGAGACAGGUGAAGAUGCAUUUCACAGGAUUCUCUGUUGUAAAUGGGAAUAGUUUGAUUCAGCUCCUCAGUGUUUAAACUAAUGUUUCUCCCUCCCUGGUGUUGAACCAUUCAGCCGUGGCAGCGUGAUGAUGUUCAUGCCUGCAACACAUGAACAUCUGUGGCACGGAGUUUGGUCAAGUGCUAAAUAUGAGGGCAGGUACUAUAGUGAAGUAUUUGCUGUAUGAAUGAGUGUGGGAUUGUUAUGUAAGACAAAAGAAAGUGUCUGAUUUAUUCAUUUAAACCCCCAUCAUUUCAUGCAAACCAGUGCAGCCAAGUAUGCCAUAUUUCACCGAUCCAACGGCAGAAUGUUCUAGGCUAAUUUAGAAAUAGUUAUGUCAGCUUUGAACCCACGCAGUAGCUCAGGUGUGGUGAAACGUCUAGACGUUUAGAUGUUUACAGCUGAUAUUGUGUUGUAGCACCACGAAACACAACAUUGUUGUACAUGCAGCGUAGUUUUCUGAUAUUUCCAGCGCCGUCCCAUCUGCAUUAAUUAGCCUUAAUGUGAAAACAAGUCACGAAUCAAGUCAUUUGAUUGAGUGUGAAAGUUCAUUUUUGACCUUGUAAAAGAAAUCUCAAGUCAAGGUUAGUUUACUUGUUUGUGCAGAGGUUUCAACCGCACCUGACCCGUCUUUCUUAGAGAUUCACAUGAGGUUCAUAGACAAAGUUCUGUGAAAAAAAUCUCAGUAUUUUUUGUCAAAUUAAUUUAGCUGCUUUGUCUUUUUCUGUUUGGGUUCAGACAUACGAUGAACAUGGUAUCCUCUCUUAAAAUUGUGUUAAGCCUUCAUUGUAUCCAUAAGCACAAAUUAAACAGGACCAAAAGAAGAAGAAUCAAUACAAAAUACAGUUGAGCUUAUUGAUCAGACAGUGUGGCACAAAGAGAAAACAGAUUACAAAUCACUUGUGUAAUUUCAUUUUAAGGGCUCCUGUUCCUGUCAUUCUUUUACUGCAUCCAUGCGUAGGACACCACUUAACCUUCUGUAAGGGUCACACAAACACACAGAAAAAAAUGCCUGCUGUGACCUGUGAUCUAAAUUGGAAACAAUCACUCUAAAGGAAAUCUAAUUGAGAACCAUUCUUUAUACAAAUCAUUUCUCCAAAGGUGUACAUCAAUAUGUGUGCUGACAAUCAGAGAGUGCUAUCUGACUGAAAGACAUCCUCUGGAUUGUGUGUGUGUGUGUGUGUGUGUGUGUGUGUGUGUGUUGGGUGAGCCUCUCAGAGUCAAGUGAGAAGAUUGUUACACUCUCAGGUGUGUACUUUAAGUUUGAAGUAGAAGCCAGGCGACGUGUAGCUUAGCAUAGCAUAAAGACAGGAAACAAGGGGGAAGAAGCUGGCCUGUCUGUGUUCAGAGGCAACAACAUCUGAAGAAAGAGUCCAGCGUGUGAUGCCCCACGGAAACACAACAUGCUGUUUUUAUACAGUUUCAUUUUGAGUUGUUAGCAGCCAGAUGUUGUUACUUUUAGACUGAGGCUACCUGUUUGCCCCCGUUUCCAGUCUUUAUGCUAUGCUAAGCUAACCACCUGCUGGCUGUAGAUUCAUAUUUGGUGUAUGAGCAUGAGAGCAGUGCUAUUCUCUUCAUUUAACUCUAAACAAGAAAGCGAGUACUUCCUGAAAUGUCAAACUACUGCCGUCUGACCUGAGGAUACAGCCUCUAGUUUGCUGUUCAUCUGUGAAGUCUUGUGUAGAUUUAUUAAACUAACGUGUAUCAUCUUGUUCAUGUGGGAGAGACUGUUUGGAUGUGGCCUUCACGUGUGUGUGUGCGUGCAUGCGUGUGUGUAAGUGAGCUGACUCUAAAUCGUCUGUCACAUAUUUUUCUACUUUUUUCUGUUGCGGUUUUCAUCCAUGUGAUGAAUACAGCUCAGCUGGGGACCACACAGAUAUAUAUACAAUAUGAGAAGAAGAAGAAAAAAAAAGCAACUUAUCACAAUAUAUGCAGUAUAAAUUUAAUGCUCUGUUCUUCAUAAUAGACUUGGGUGCUCUUUUGCUGAUACAGUCUUCAAAAUGAAUCCCAUCAAAGAUAGCCAGUCUCAGAGAUAACGUGCGGUCUGUUCUCUGCUUAGAAAUAUGGAAUUAAUAAUUCACAAAGACGACUUCACCCUCAAAUCCCUCUGUAUUCAACUGAUCGUGACGCAUGUUUGUAUCGUAUUGUCUGACUUCUUGGACGUCCUGUAUGCCAGCUGUUUUUGUCUAAAGCAAGAACUAGUGUUUUCAUUGUUGUAUGAUGACAUAGAUUUGUUGCUUGCAGUGAUUGUUCUUGAUCAAAGUGGGGUUAAAAUUGGUGAAACUUGAGUAUGUGUUCAGAAAGUAAGUUAGUAGUGACUGUGCUCCUUGUUUACCUUGGACCCAGGUAACUCUUUUUUCUAUUGAUAUGAAUUUCUGAGUUGGAUGCUUGUAAUCAUGCAAUUCAUCUUGUCUCAGAGGUGCAAGUUAUGGCCGGAAAAGGGCAAUAUACUUAGGCAAAGGGAGCCGAAAAUGUGCAUAAAUUGUGAGCGGAAGGUGCAAUUUGAUGUAAACUCUUUUGUGCAAUUGAGCCUGUUUAAAAGGGAAGCGUAAGCAAUAAAGUGGAGGCUUUCCCCAAUUCUGAGGAAACAGGAAGUCAGAGUAAAAUCAACUAUUAAAAAGAGCCCCUGUCAAAUUGAAGCUCCUGUCCAAAAUGUAAAGGUUUACUAUUUAAUGUUACUAUGUGUGUGCAUACACACACACACACACACACACAGAGUAUAUAUAUAUGUAUAAACUGUCAAAAGGGUCACUGGUAUGAGUUUUAUCUAGGAUGACAGUGAUAUGGGAUGUUGUCAAAAUAAAAUGAACACUAGUCUGAAGACUUCCCUUAACGAUGGCAGUCUGAUAAAGGGAUGGAGGACUUCUUAAUGGCAUGGUUUUUGUCUCCUCAACUCCUAAGAGCACACGGAUCCUGAGUAAAAGGAUCGACCCAUGCCAGAAAACAACUCCUUCAUCUGCAAAGAACUGCAAGAAUCCUUCGCUGUAGUUCGGACUGAAGGAAUUUAUGUUUGCGUUUUCUUUAGUUUGACUCUAACCUGUUUAUUAAAUGAUAAAAGUUCUACUCUUAAGUGUGAGUUCAAUUCAAAAAUCAAUGUAGUAUGUGUAGAAACUGUAGAUGUUUGUAUGUGCAAGUUUGGAUUUUGUGGAACAAAAGAUCAAGGAAAACAAUUCAAAAAAAAUAAGUUCGAUAUGACACAAAAAUCUAUUGUGUGUUGUCUUUGUGUUUUGUAAAUGAAGACUGAAAAUCUUGGUAAAUUCAGUAUUUAUUACUUCUGGAUAUUGAGACUAUUUUAGUGAUGCUGAAAAGGUGCUGUAUUUAUUUUAUGUGAGAGUUGUUCAUUAUGCUGGGGUUUGCACUUCUGUGCCAUUUAUCCAGUCCUAUGAAGAAAAUGAUAAAAUCAUAAUGGAAAAAUAAAACUUGAAGAAAGAAAAUCAAUGUCAUGGUUUGC